GGACUAUUGGUUAUUAUUAAAAUGUGCGGUGUAAAGUGUGUGUGCGGUGUGCGAUAUUCGCGUAUGUUUUGUCAAAGUACAGUAUUUUUAACUGUUGUGUUGUGGAAGCGCGUGAACUUGUUUUUUAAUGUUUGAUAUUGUACACUUUGUGAUUAAUAAAUAUUGCUUAAAAACAAGUUACUGUACUUCUGUGUUGCUGGAAAGCCUAGGCCCCUGGUUUACUACCUUGACUAGGCCUAGUCUAGGUGACAGGUCUAGCCUGGCUGGCUCAUUGUAGCCCGUCACAAGAUAAUAAGGCGAUUAGCCUCUCUACAGUGUCAGUAGGCCUUGGUCUGACUACUUGAGCUUGAGCCCAGGAUUGCCAUUCAACAACAAGCCUAGCCUAUACAAAAGACAGAGAUACAGACAGAAGUCCUUGCCUAUAUGUCCUACACCUAGAAACAUUAAAGUAUAUAACAAAAUGGCAAAUGAUGCAAAAAUCACAUUUGUGAAAGAUUUGAGACCUGGUUUCAAAAAUAUCAAUCUGAUAUUCAUAGUUUUGGAUAUUGGAAAUCCAACUAAAACCAAGGAUGGUCAUGAUGUAAGAUCAAUUAAAGUUGCAGACAGAACUGGAGCAAUUAACUUAAGUAUAUGGGAUGAACUUGGUGAAGCUAUACAGAGUGGGGAUAUAAUUCGACUAACAAAAGGCUAUGCAUCAUUAUUUAGGGGCUGUUUAACAGUCUACACUGGAACGUCUGGAAAAAUACAGAAGUUAGGAGAGUUUUGUAUGACAUUUUCUGAACUUCCAAAUAUGAGUGAACCAAAUGCUGAAUUUUUAGCCCAACAAAAAGUGAACCUCCAAGAUCAACGAAGCAACUCCCCAACUAGUAAUCAGCAAUCUAAUCAAAAUCAUCCUGUCAGCACCUCACAAAACGUGCCACCCCACACACAGUCUGGCCCUCAUCCACACUAUCAAGGACCACGAGCCCACCUUCAAUCAAGUUUGUUAAACCGUCAAACAAGUAACGGAGGACAACAGAUACAUGACCCAUCUCAAGGCCAAAUGGGAAAUGCACCCCGUGGUUUCCGACCAACAAGAGGAAUGCCGUCUGGCAGAGGACGAGGGAUGACACCGGGAAAUGGGAUGAGGGGAAUGAAUAUGGAUCGAGGAAGAGGUAGAAAGAAAUAAAUAACGCAAUGUUUAUAUUUUUGGUAAAGAAAAGUAAAUAUAACCUUUGACCCGAAUAACCAGAAUUCAGGGUGCCAAUUAAUGAGAGCCAAUUUUGCAGGUAGAUCAAGUUUUUAAGCUUUCUUAAAACAUCUUAUUGUAUAUUUCUGCAUGUGGUUACACAUAUUUCCAGCUAACUUCAGAGAGACAAUUCAUAAUUUAGUAAAAACAUACAAACAUGAAUUUGACAACAACAAAAGGAAAUGGAAGAAUGAGGGUAUAAUUUUUGUUUCAUAGGUUUGACUAAAGUAUUGGGAAACACAUUCAGUUAUUGUACCCUUUGGGUCACAUUUCCAAACCUUUUCAAUGUUCCAGACCCAUAAAUCUAAAAUUUCAAACACCAAUGGAGCCAAAUUCGAAAUAAAAUGCUAAUAUAUUAAUAUUCAUUUAAAAAAACAAUGAAAUAUAAGUCAUUUAUUUUAUACAGAGUCAAGUAUUUGCAUACCUUUUCUAUAACCAAAGUCACUCAAAAUGUAUUUCCAUAUUGUAUAUACAUUACAGAUUUGACUAUGGCUUAACAAAAUACAGCAUAUACUAUAUUCCAAACUCAGCAAGUUCUAGUUUUCAAUAGCAAUCUUUACUUUGAUUGCACCUGUAGUACCUUUGACUGUAUCAUGUUUAGUUUAUUUGGCUAUUUUGAAAAAAAAAUCCUCAGAAAGUGAUAACAAAACUUAAAAUCAUGUAAGCUUUGAAUAACUCUAUUUCCAACAUUUAUUUUAUAUAAAACCAUAUUAAAAUUAGGAAUUUAAAAAAAUAUAAAUAUAUGUAUCAUGUUAUUUAAUGUUUGAAUGAAAGCUGAACAAUGUGUUGAUGUGGAUUUAAGCAUAUGGAAAAUUAAUAAACAGUAGCCACAACACA